UCCACGCUCAGCUCAAGAACCAAAAUACCUCCAACCUCGAAUUAUUAAUUAGUAUUGCCUUUGGCUUCUUCUUUCUUUUUCAUGGCUUCUACUUCGUCCACCAUUACUCAGAGGAAAUGCGAUGUGUUCCUUAAUUUUACAAGUGCAGAUAAUCGCGAGAGCUUUGUAACUGAAAUUUGCAAAGCUUUACAGCGAAACUUGAUCCAGACUUUCAUCAUCGAUGAUGAACUUGCUGGAGGAGGAGAAGAGGUGUUUUCGAAAAUAGAAGAAGCAAGUAUUUCUUUAGUCAUUUUCACAGAAGACUAUGCUUCUUCUACUUGUUGUCUGGAUAACCUCUUAAAGAUAGUUGAAUGUAAGGAGACGAAAGGACAAAUUGUAAUACCAGUUUUUUACCGAGUAGAUCCAACUCAUGUUCAACACUUGAAGGGAAAUUUUGGGGUUGCAUUUGAUAAACUUACACAAGAAUUGAGAAUCUCUCUGCUCAAAGUGGAGAGUUGGAGAGGUGCUUUGAUUGGGAUUGCAAAUCUCAAAGGAUGGGCUUCAAGCAUAACCAAGCCUGAAUCCAAGCUAAUUGAGGAAAUCGUGAAUGAUAUUUUGAAGAAACUUAAUCAAGUGUUCUUCAAUGGUUCUGUCUUAGUUGGAAUCAAUUCACAAAUCAAGAAAGUUGAAUCAUUAUUGGCCAUUCAAUCACAAUGUGUGCGCUCUAUAGGAAUAUGGGGAAUGGGAGGCAUUGGUAAGACGACCAUUGCUGAAGUUCUAUUUAAUCGAAUUUCUUCUCAGUUUGAUUGUCAAUGCUAUGUUCCAAAUGUGAGGGAACAACUAGAAAAACGUACAGUAGCUCAUAUAAAAGCUGAAAUUCUUUCCAAGUUACUGGGAAUAAGAAGUUUCCAAGUCCGGAUGCCCAAUAUAUUUUCAAAUUUCAUUAGGAACAAGCUUAUGAAGAAGAAAGUUCUUAUUGUUCUUGAUGAUGUGGAUAAUUCUGAGGUAGUAAAGGAUUUAGUAGGAGACUGUGAUUUGUAUGGUUCUGGAAGUAGAAUUAUUGUAACUAGCAGAGAUAAACAAGUACUUAAAAACGCUGAUACUGAGGAAUAUAUUUAUGAAGUUGAGAGAUUGGACGACUACGAAGCUAUUCAGUUAUUUAGCUUGCAUGCUUUCAAACAAGAUGCUCCACCAGAAGAAUUUAUGAAGCUGUCAGAAAGGGCAAUAAGCUAUGCCCAAGGCAUUCCAUUAGCUAUUAAAAUUUUAGGCUCCAGUCUAUAUUACAGAAGUGUGAAUGAGUGGGAAAUGGAAUUGGCAAAACUUGAAAACAGCCCGGACAAAACAAUUGAGGAAGUUCUGAAAAUUAGUUAUGAUGGAUUAGAAAGCAGUGAACAAAGCAUAUUUCUUGAUAUUGCAUGCUUUUUUAAAGGAGAGGAUAGAACUCGCGUUCAAAGGAUAUUAAAUGGUUGUGGAUUCUUUGCAGAUAUUGGAAUACGUUGUCUCUUAGAUAAGUCUCUCAUAACUGUUUCAUCUGAUAAUAAUAAAUUGGGAAUGCAUGAUUUGCUGCAGCAAAUGGGAAGAAAUAUUGUUUGCUUGGAAUGCAUUCAUCAACCUGGAGAACGUAGUAGAUUGUGGAUUCCAGAGGACGUCUAUCUUGUAUUGACAAGAGAAAAGGGGACUGGAAACGUUGAAGGAAUAUCAUUAGACAAGUCGAAAAUCAGAGACAUAGAACUAAGUCCAACAGUCUUUGAGAGUAUGUAUAAUCUUAGGUUGCUUGAAUUCCACAAUCCAUUCACUAGUGAAGUGAAGAUAUAUCUUCCUAAAGGACUCCAAUUUCUUCCGAAUGAGUUAAGAUUUCUUUGCUGGGACAAAUACCCUUUGAAAUCUUUGCCACCAAGUUUUUGUGCAGAGAAGCUCAUGGAACUUCGCAUGCCAGAAAGCCAACUUAAAGAGCUUUGGAAUGGAGUUCAGAAUCUUGGAAAUUUGAAAUCUAUUGAUCUUAGCCGCUCUAAGCAUCUAAAUAAGAUUCCAGACUUAUGUAGAGCCCAAAAACUUGAGGUUUUGAAGUUGAAUGGCUGUACAAAUUUGGUUGAGAUUCCUUCAUCUAUUCAAAAUCUAAGCAAGUUGCGUCGACUUAUUCUAGAUGGAUGCAAAAUUCUCGAUAGUUUAUUAAGCUGCCUUCCUCAGAACAUAAAUGAACUGAGUUUAGAUGGAUGCACAAUAAAACAAUUGCCAUCAUCAAUUGGCGAGUUGAAAUGUCUUGAAAUAAUUAUUCUUCGACGCUCAAAAUUGACAUUUCUCCCCGACACUUUCUGCAAACUGAAAUCUCUUAUACUGCUCAAUAUGUCAGAUUGUACGAGUCUCACUGAACUGCCAGAGAACUUGGGGAAUUUAGAAUCUUUGAAAGUAUUGCAUGCUAAUACAAGUGGGCUAAAAAAAUUACCAUCCUCCAUGAAUCAGUGGGCGCAAUUGGAAUCAUUAGAUUGUUCAGGAUGUAAAGGUUUAAAGUUGCCUCCUUUGACAGACCUGCCUCAUCUCGAGAAACUUUAUCUUAACGGUUGUGACAUGCUAGAAUUUCCUCAAGGUCUCUGCUCCCUGAAGUCAUUGGUCGACUUAAAUGUGAGUGGAAAUAAUUUUGAGACCAUACCUGCAAGCAUCAAACAACUCUCUCAUUUGGAGAGGCUUUUUUUAAGAGAUUGCAAGAGACUUGAACAUUUGCCAGAUCUUCCAUUGGCUCUGACAUGUUUAUAUGCAAGAAACUGCACGUCUCUAGAAUCGGUAUCAACUUCAUUUUUAUCAGCACAGGAACCGAAACGUACCAUUUUAGACUUCUGUAAUUGCAUGAAAAUAAAUCAGGAAACACAGAGUAAAAUUGUGGACGACGUAUUGGCAACACAUUUACUCAAUGACAAUCAGCCUCGCUAUAGAGGUGCCAGGAUACAUAUUGCUGGGAGUAAAAUGGCAGAGGGUAUGAGGUAUCAGAACAGUAAUGGGUCGUCUUUGUCUUUCAUGCUCGACGGCCGGCAGCCGGACUUGAUUGGUCUCUCUUUAUGUGCUGUGGUUGCACCCAAUGGACCUCCUCCUCCUUAUGACUUCAUAAAUAUUAGAUGUAAAGCCCUUCUUACAGGCAAGUCUGGACAUAGCCGGAGUAAUGAUUUUUGUUUUUUCAGUUUUCCAGAUGAAGUAGAAAUCCAAUCGGAGACUGUGUUUAUGUGGGCUAAUUCAAUUUCUUGGGAUUCCGAAGACAGUUUGAGCCGGGCUUCAUUUCAUUUCUUGAUGAAUUACCAUAAUGAAGAAGAAGAAGACUACUACGAGUGCGAGGAGUUGAUAGUUAAGUGUGGAGUUCAUCCAAUCUUCAAAGAUAAAAAGAGCAAAAAUAAAGAUGAAGAGGCGGAAUAUCUGCAACCUCCCCUGAAAAGAUUGAAAGAAAACCAUAUCUAAUCUCUCUUUUUUUAGCCAUGCUUCAGUGUUUGCACAAUUCUAAGAGAAAAUGCCAACAACUUGUAUAUAUUUAUAAUUAAUGAUACAUAAUCCAUGCAUAGAUUUUUAAAUUUUCAUGUACAUAUUUAUAAAAAAUAAUUUUCUUCGUAAA